UGUUACACAACAGUGAACACUUUUUGUGAAGCUGUAGGUCCUGGAUUUAUUUUUGAAAGAGUAAGUCUUACAUUUAAAUAAUUUCUGUAGAGAAGUUUGUUUGCACUUCUCUUGUGAACUUCUGAAGCAGGGAUGAAACAUAUUAGGUUCUAAAUUGAUUGGAACUUGUAUUUCUUUUCUUUGAUUGCUUUUUUUAUUUUUUAUAAUCCAAUAAAAGUCAAGGAAUUCUUUGUAUUGUAGCUUUACAAGAUACUGAAAGAGCACAAGAAUCCCAAGGUUCUUAGCGAGGGGCUACUGUGGAUGGUUUCAGCAGUGGACGAUUUUGGCAUCUCACAUUUGAAACUUAAGGAUUUAAUUGAUUUUUGUAAAGAUACUGGACUGCAGUCAAGUGUAGCUGCUACUAGAAUUUUUUCUGUCAAGCUUUUGGGUGUUUUGCAUAAAUUUGUCGGCCCAGAUAUUAAAGGGUUUCUUUCUGAUGUUAAACCUGCACUUCUUAGUGCACUGGAUACGGAUACGGAGUAUGAGAAGAAUCCAUUUGCGGGUGCAGCAGCAGCUCCAAAGAGAACUAUUAAAUCAGCAGAACCUACAUCUGCAUCUUCUGGUGGACUAGAUGGCCUGCCACGGGAAGAUAUUAGUGGGAAUAUUACACCUACCCUGCUUAAAGGCUUAGAAAGUACUGAUUGGAAGGCUCGCUUGGAGUCAAUUGAAGCUGUGAAUAAAGUUUUGGAAGAGGCUAACAAGCGCGUCCAACCCAAUGGAACUGCUGAAUUGUUUGGUGCUCUAAGGGGUCGUCUAGGUGACAGCAACAAAAAUUUAGUCAUCGUUUAAGGAUACCCUUUUGAAAGGGAGAAAUGCAAUAUUACAAGGUGUUUGUCCACACAUUUUUGGACUCUUCACUGUAAAGCUUGCAGUUGCAUUAACACUUAUUGGAGGUGUGCAACAUGUUGAUGCUUCUGGAACCAAGGUACGAGGAGAGUCUCAUUUACUUUUGGUUGGAGACCCAGGUACCGGGAAAUCUCAGUUCUUGAAAUUUGCUGCAAAGUUAAGUAACAGAUCUGUUGUCACUACUGGCUUAGGAAGCACUAGUGCUGGACUCACUGUCACUGCAGUCAAGGAUGGAG